AUGUUGACUCGUGCUCGAUCUUUAUUUUCGCGUGUAUUUUCGUUGGAUACACCGUCGUCACAAAUUCGUCUUGAUGAUGUUGUGGAUGAUAUUCGAGAUGAUACAAGCGAUAACAACGAUGUAGAUAAUGUUAUUGACGAUGAUAUUGAUAAUUCAACAAAUGGUGUUGACAACGAUGACGACGACGAAGAUGAUGGUCCAAGUGACAGCGACGAUGAUUGGUCCAAUGAAUCUCGACAAGCAUCAACAACAAAUACAAAAAUUAAAGGCAAAUAUGAAAGACAAAUUAAUGAGUUUCCUUCUAAUUCAGUAGCCGCUAGUAAGACAAAAUCAAAUAUGAAUUAUGCACGUUCACAUGAAAAAUCAAAACAAAAUCGUCUCCUAAGUGCAAUGCAGGUAGCAACAUCACGUUGUAAUGUUGAAUCAAUGAAAAAAUUACUAAAUAAUUUCGAAAUUGAUAUAAAUCAUCGUGAUCAAUAUGGUAUGAGCUAUUUAGAACAUGCUAUUCUGAUGGGUAGUUUUGAUAUGGUGAAUUUACUUGUUAGAUAUGGCUGUGAUUUAUAUCAAGGUGAUUCUAGUGGUCACUCAUAUCUAUAUGUUGCUAUUGAAACGACAACAAAUAAAUCUUUACCAAUCAUUCGACUUUUAUUAGAAACAAAUUGUGCAUGCUUACGUCUUAUGGAUAUUGUUUCAUUGACAGCCCCACAACAACUUAUUUAUAUUAAUUCUCAAGAUUUUCUUUUACUAAAUGCACAUUUACUAUUUAUAUUAAAAUAUCAUAUCCGUCGUAUGGUAUUGGGUGAUGUGUUAAAUUUAGUAACCUAUUUGAUAACGACGAACAUAUUACUUUGUAAAAAUGACGAACACUAUGGUCUUAGUUCAUGUACUAAGACGGCAUUAAAUCGAUUUAAUAAUGAUUAUAUUCAUUUAUUUGUUAAAACACUUGGAACAAAACAUGCAUUAAAAUUAGAACAUAAACUUAACAAUCUACAAACAUCAGUACCAUCGUCAACAUUGAUUCCGUUGGUUCAUGAUAAUGUUCAACCAUAUGUAAAUCGAAUAAAUGAAUUAGUAAAGCAAAUACCUGAAUUAAAACAUUUAUGUCGUCUAUUAAUUCGACAGAAUUUUAAAAAUCUCAAAUCAUCAACAUUAGAAUCAGUUUCUUUAAGUGUAAAAUUACAAGACUAUUUGUUAUAUACUCCGAUUUAA